AGUUGUGCAUGCACAAACAAUUUUCAGGAAAGAUGGAGAGAAAAUUGGAACCACAGAACAAAUCAGCAAAAUGGAUGGAAAACGCUUCCAGAUGAUCUUUAAACUACUGUUACUAUGGGAACAGUGGCAAGUCGUAAAAUUCUCUUGUGGAGUUGACGGCGCCUUAACAGAGAUUUGGAAGUGGAAGAAAGAUUUGUCCUUUUGGAAGCUAUCCUUGGCCUUGAUAGGAAUGAAGGUGAAUGGUGGAAAAUAUGCGAAGUUAAGAUCAAGGUGGUGGACAGAAUUGUUGAAGAAAUAACAAUCAACAGGAUCAUGAGACUGCUUCAAAUUGUCUACCUAUUGCUGCAGUUCCAAAAUACAAGAGUGGAAAAAUUAAAGGAUAUGAUUCUGGUUAAACAUGAAUCAGUUGUAGGAGUGAGAGAAGGUCACCGAUUUACAGCCUUCUGCAGACUGAGCAACAUUAUAUCUGAAUCAGGCACCUUUGAUAUUGAAUGGGAACGAAUCACAGAUGGCCAUACCUUGGAGAGAGUACUCCAUCACUCACUCACUCCAAAUGAGGAAGUAGUCCAAUAUCUGUCUGAAAAAGUCAAAACCAGGGCACGUGAAAGCGAUCUUAAUGCAAGUUUUUCCAUCUUGCGCCUUAACCCAACAUUACUUGAAGACAGUGGAAAAUAUUUUUGCUAUGUCAAUGGUCUCAAAAGUCUCACUAUCACCCUCAUUGUUUGUGUACCAUUCAAGGAUAUUUUUGUAGACUAUGAACCGAAGGGACUAGUGGACGGAAGCAAAGUGUCAAUAAACUGUGUUGCCAAGAAAGGCUUUCCCGAGCCCUUGGUUCAAUGGAUUGCUGAAGGCAAUGACAUUACAAACAAGGCAACCACUAUCAUGGAAAAACUACCCGACAAAACAUUUGCCAUAAAAAGUUCUCUUGUGGUCAGCGCUAAGAAGGGAGUAAAGUACAUCUGCAGCAUUUGGAAUAAGUACAUAGAGAAUUUGUUGGUGGAUUGGGUGUUGCCUUUGCCAAGUGUCACAGUUUCUACACCAUAUAAAAAUGUAGUUGGGCUGGCUGGAAGUAGCGUUGAGCUGAUUUGUGAUGUUUCCAUUCCAGAGAGCGAUCCAAUCACCAUAGCUGAUUUGGGCUUCUACUGGGUCAACAAGGAUUCAAAUAGCAAGGAGCACUUGGUCUAUGCUUUCAUAAAUGAAGAAGAAAAUCUAGCUGGUCAAGAUCCAAGAUUUGUAGACCGGGCUUUCCUGUACUGGGAAGACUUUUUGAAUGGAUCUCCAGACUUGAAGAUAAAAGAUGUUACAAUUGAGGACAUGGGAGAAUAUAUCUGUAGAGUUAAAAGAAAUGAGAAGAUAAUCGAUGAAGAUCUUUUGGACCUUCGAGUCGCAGCACCCUAUAGUGAACCAAUCAUCACGUAUGGACAACAUUCAGCCAACUUCCGUAAUGUGUUCCUCAUCUGCAAAACUGGAGGAGGAUUUCCCCUGGGAAACAUCAGUUGGCUAACAGAUAAUGGCAAAGACAUCACCUCUCGUUCAAAAACAGUCAUGAAGUUGUCAGAUAGAUAUUUUAAUUUCAGAAGUGACCUGCAUGUUUCAGUGGCUGAGGGAACACGGUUCACUUGUAUCAUAUCAAACCCUUGGCUGCCAGAUAAAUCAAGCUCAACAAUAACUUUUAUCAGUGAAUAAAUGGUUUGGAUUCAUUUUGCUCGUAUGUAAAUCCCUAGCAUGACAGUUCGGUCGUGGUGAUGGCUGAAGAGGAGGUGCCCGCCCAGCUCUGCGCCAAAGGGGACAGGUUCCUGGCGAGCGAUUCUCCCGUCAGUGCCACCGCCUGUUACACCUCAGCUUUCAGCUUUCACACCGAGGCGACUGUGCAGCAUGUUAAGGCCUUAGGGGAACCGGGCCUGGGAGAUGUGUUGGCCGUGUUGGAAGGCUGGUGCAGAAGCCAAAGCUGGGUGCCAAGCCAGGCCGGUAGUGACGAACCUGCGGUUGAGGCCCCCGUUAGCGUGAGAGUGGCCGCUGUCUUCCUGUCGGCGCUGAGUCCAGGCAACCUGACGGCCUCGGUGCUGAAGACGGACGCGCUAUUGAGGAGCGGGCGGCACCAGGAGGCGGUGAGCCACUGCAACGCUCUGCUCAACGCUCACCCUAGCCACUCUCUGGCACUGCUGCUGACCAGGGCCCUGGCCUGGGUCCUGUCUGGGAGACACUCUGCCAACGGCGUGGUGGACUACAUGCAGGCCUUCGGCAAGUGGCAGGAAGAGACUGUGGCGUUUGUCGUCCUCCACCAGAAGAAGGAUUUGCCUCAGGUCGUGCGUGCCGUCACCCGCUACCUCUCGCUGCACGAAGGGCAGCAGGAGCAAAAUGGCUGCGCUGCCAAGCUGCUUGCCGAUUGCCGCCGUUUCCUCUCGCUCGUGGCGCCUCAUGGCGACGGCGCGCGCACCUUCGAAAAGCGGCAGUUGGCGGAAAGCGCGGGAAGCCCAGAGCUCAUGACGCAGCCCUCGGCCGCUGACAGGUCGAAGGCUGAGCAGGUGAAGGGCGCCUCACUCUUCGUCGAUCGGGUCUCUGCCCUCACGGCCGGGGAUGACACCGACUGGGAAUUGAUCCGCCACUUGGCUUCAGCCUUUGACGGCGGAGCCUCAGGACGGCCCCAAGCACCGCAUGGCGCGCUAGAGCUGGCCAAGCGUCUUGUCGAGGCUCAGCUCUCUGAGUACAGGGAGGCGGUGCGCCGCCGCCUAGACCUGCGAUCCGACGGCGGCGUCGAACUCCUGCGUCCCGCCCUCGAAGUUCUCCGGCUGGUGGCCCACGUGGAGCCGGAGGCCAAGCGGGAACUGGAGAUUCGGCUAGCUGACUGCAUGCUCCUCUGUGGGGAUGUGCAGGGCUCCCUCCAGCUGUGCCAGCGCCUGAUCGCGUCGGACCCGACCACCUACCAAAGCACCAUUCUCGUCCUCCGCGGGUUCUGCCACCUGCACGACGGGGAACUGACGCGGGCCCUCAGGGAUUUCCAGUCCAUUCUGGAGCACGACCUGCCGCACCCCGGGAGCUGUGUCAAGGCCAUGUGCGGCCGAGGCCUGGUCCGAAUGCUGUGCAGCAGCCCCUACCUGGCAGCCCUGGACUACAUCACCGCCAGCAGGCUGCGGUUGGACGAAGUGGCCCUGUCUGUGAAAUCCUAUGUGCCCUGGAACCAGCGAGGUCUCUUGUACAAGGUGCUGCAGGAAGAGGGGCAGAAAAUCCUACAGAAGCAAUCCUCCAGUCCCUCGGACACUGCUGCCAUAAGGAAAAAGAGAAGUGGGGAGCAUGGAAGCCAAAACUAUUUUUUAAAAGAAGGAGAUGCAAUGGGUGUUCAUUAUUUGGCUUUAUUGCUGCUCGAGCUGGAGCCAUCCGAUGAGGUUUCCCAAAUUCUGUCUGCAGAUGCCCUGUACCAGCUCGGUUCUGUGGAAGAAGCUCACAAGUCGUUGCUGGGUUCUCUUGGCAAGAACCCUCAGCAUUCUUCAAUCUUGGCUCGGCUUGCCCUGCUUCAACUGAAAAAAGGCUUUCUGUAUGACGCCAACCAGCUGAUAAAGAAAGUCAUUGAGAUCGGUGAUACUUCCUGCCUCCUGCCCAUAAUGGACAUUUUCAAGUCAGAAGAUCGAGACUUAAUGCAGAAGCAUUGUCAUUCCAGUGCGAUGUCAAUCCUACAAAAUAAGGAAGGUGACACACAUGUAAAGGAAGCAGUGGCCUAUCUCUCUCUGGCCAUAAUUUCAUCAGGAGGCACUGAUGAAGCCUCACUGCUCACCAGAGCACGAUGUUAUGGACAUCUUAACCAGAAGAAAACUGCCAUCUUUGAUUUCGACACAGUUUUAAAGGCGAACCCAACCCAUGUACAAGCACGAUGUGGACGGGCCUUUAUGUAUGUGAUCCUUAAUAAAAAAAAGGAAGCAAUACAAGACAUCGUAUUAGCUCUACAAGUGGAUCAAAAGUUGGCAAUCCAAGAAAUCUCAUCUCUGAAGGUUGAAGCUCAAAAUCUAAUUUGCUGCUGGCUGCGUGAUCACUGUAUUAGCACUAUAACCAGAAUAGCAGAAGCAAAGGCAAAAGUCUUUAGAGAGGAGCUUGUUAAUCUUCCUGCAAUUGGCCAAUCUCUACUCCUGAUAAAUGGGAGAGAUUCAACCUGGCACAUCCUAUACAUUGAUAUGUUGAUUGCAGAAGAAAUGUAUGAUGAUGCCUUAAAACAUCUGCAGGAAAUUUUUGGACCAGUUCCUAACGAUGAUGCUGCCUUGGCCAGGUAUGGACUCAUUCAAAUGAAGAAAGAGAAUGUCCAACAUGCUGUGCAGAAUCUGAGCAUUCUUGCUGAAAAGAACAACAAGGACUUGCAGUUUCUGUUACUGUUCCUGGAUGACAAAUCACGUUGCCAUGUGGCUCAGGUGGCAUUGCAGGAAGCUGACACUUUGACUAAAGGGAAUCAGCUGGAGAAAGCAAUGAGUUACUACACACUGGCUGUCCUUUCAAGUAAAAAUAAACCUAAGUACAUCCGCCAACGUGCAAUGUGUCUGACAAGAUCAAAGCACUAUGAGAGAGCACUGAAGGACCUGCAGGAGGUCAUCAAAAGGAGUCCAUCCAGCAACUCCCCAGAGCUAGUACAAGAUUAUUGCUCUGCUGGGCAUGUCCAACUCCUUAUCCUGAAGGAAGAGGAGGCAUGCAACAAUUAUAUAAAAGCCCUACAGUUAGAUCAGUCUUUGGCAUUAACCAACAUCUCCAGAAGGCCAGGACAGCUCAGCUUAGCUCAACGCUUCUACCAAAUUGCUCGCAAUUACUUCAAGCAGCAACAUUAUGAAGAAGCGUGGAAUUUAACAGAAUACGGAUUAAUAAUUGAUGAAAGCAACACUGAAUUAAAAAAGCUGAGAGCUAGGAUCAAACGAGAGACGUCAGGGUGUGUCAUUCAUUAAUACUGUGUGUCACUGAUAUGAAUGCCAAAGCAAUGAUGUGGAAAAUGUACCUUGCACAGAGUGAGGUUCAGAAAAUUAAAAAAUAGUCUAAGUGGUCUUGGGCUGCCAGGAGUAGAGUGACUUGAAUAGUAAUGUGGACAGAUGUAAGAGCCACAGCUUGAAGGGGGAGCUAAUGUCUAUGAAAUAAGAAUCUAAAACACUGGAAAUACUCCAAGUCUAUCAGCAUCUGUGGAGAGAGAAAGUUAAUGUUUCAGGCUUUGAUCUGUUAUCAAAACAAUGUCCACAGUGCUUUGCUUUCUGGUUAGCACCUCUUCUAAAUUGCCUGACAAAUCAUUUGGUAACUAUCUAGAUUUUCCUUUCAACUAUUGCAAUACUGCUGCUAUGUCUGAAUUGUAUUUCUGCUAGUUAUGGCAAUGGAAGUCCAUGAUAAAAAUUUGAAGUGUUACAACAGUGAGAAAAUGCAAAUAGUUCAACUUCAGAAUGUUUUAUAUCUUGGUCGACAACACGUUGGUUUAUUUUGAAGUCAGUAAUUCUAUUUGUGCUCCUAAAAGCCCAGGGUCACUUUAAGACAAGGAACAGAAGUUGCUGGAAAAGCUGAGCAGGUCUGACAGCAUCUGUGGAGAGAUAUCAGAGUUAACAUUUCAGGUCCAGUAACCCUUCCUCAGAAUAUUUUGAGGCUGCUUUUGCCUUCUCGUGGUCCUGUUGCAUUGUCUUUGUCAGAUACCUGACAAGUUAAGAUUCAGUGCUGUGAUCCUUUGUCUGCAAAGCAAAGGAAUGCCACAAACACGCUGGGUUACUCAAGCCUUUGUAGCAUAGAUAGAACAUUCUUUUUACAAAUUUAUUGGGGUUUUGUAAUUUUUAAUUAUUUUCGUGACCAGCGCUUUACAAGGAUUUUAAUGGUAUGAUUGAAAUCAGAGAACCCUGUUUGGAUAUGCAGUCUUUGCAGUGAAUACUUGGGAUUGCACCACGAGUAUAAGUUAACAGAUCCAUUUGAAUGCAGUAUUACUCAGUGUUUUCCAUCUAAUGUGAUCAUUAUUAUUUUCGCCUUUUGCAAUGUGGAAGACUUAAUGGAAGUCCAACACAACAACUAUCUCUCGUAGGAAGAUGAGAUUGUGGAUAUUACUACUGUAUAAAUGGAAAUUCAUUUUUUCAUAAAUUAUGUACUUAAUG